GCUUACAGCUGUUCGCGCAUAUCUUGAUAAUAGCGACGCUAGUAGAAAAUAUCUCAGGACGCCAAGUUUAUACUAAUUGCUGACCAUCUCGCCCCUUGGUUGGAUUCAGCCGCGCCCGACUUAUGCCGAUAUUCACCGAAACGGGUCGCACACGUUACUAGUGCAGUUGCCAAGGACGGGGGCCAUCUAAUGUAACAGAUGGAAUCGGGUUUUGUGUACUUGGCGAUUUGUUCAGUUUGGACGAAUGGAUAUAAUUCAGCACACUUGUGCCAAUCUAGCAACGAUGUUUGCUGCUUCUGCAAAAGUUGCCCUUCCGAAACAUCAAUCUAUCAUUCCAAUCAGCAAGCCAUGGUCAGCAACUCUUUGAAGAAGGCGCUCAGCGUCAUGCUCGCCGCAUCUGUCACUGGCGCUGUUGCUGCUGACAAGCCAGUGGUUACGGUAUUUUUGUACCCCAUUGAGGGCGUACAAUUCAACGCCGCCGUCAUCUCUGCUGGACCCGACGCAAACUUGUAUACUGUGGACUGUACCACCACCGCUACGACUUCUAUGCCACCAAACCUGUGCUCUGACCAGCGUGGCUUGACAAUUUUGCAGGGCCCCAAGACAGUGUCUGCUGGCUUGACCGUUGCCACAAACGCCACGACCACUGUCGAACAGUUUAUCUGCAGCCUUGAUAGCUACCUUGCCUACUGUACCAACACCAUUGCGAUUGGCAGCAAGACCAAGACCAUCGUUUCGACGUAUACAGAUAUUGCGGAGAAGGGCCUCUCACCGCUGACAAUCACCUCGGGCGCGUCUCUCUUGACCACCAAUGCUACGAUGCUAGCUACCAAGGGCCCCUCUGGCACCGCUAAGCAGACGAGCGCUGCUGCGCCUGUGUCGACGGGCGGCAUGCCUCGCGUAACCCAGCAGGCUGCUGUCGUGGGUCUCGCUGGUGCUGUCGUAGCGGGCGCCAUGAUGUUGUAA